AUGGACUGCAGACGGCAGCCUUCAUGCUGGGCCUGGUCCCUGCUGGCCACGGCUCUGGUGGCUGGGGGUGCGGCAUCCAUCGGGGCCACGGACAACAGCCCCACAUCCAACAGCCUGGAGGGCGGCGUGGACGCCACCGCCUACUGGUGGGGGGAGUGGACCAAGUGGACGGCGUGCUCCCGCAGCUGCGGGGCCGGGGUGACGUCCCAGGAGCGGCACUGUCUGCAGCAGAGGAGGACGGCUGUCACGGGCUCUGGGAACAGGACCUGCACGGGGACACCGAAGCGGUACCAGCUGUGCAGAGUGCAGGAGUGUCCGCCGGACGGGAGAAGCUUCCGCGAGGAGCAGUGCAUCUCCUUCAACUCGCAGGUGUACAACGGGCGGACACACCGCUGGAAGCCGCUGUACCCCGAUGACUACGUGCACAUCUCCAGCAAGCCCUGCGACCUGCACUGCACCACGGCGGACGGCCAGCGGCAGCUCAUGGUCCCCGCCCGCGACGGCACGUCCUGCAAGCUCAGUGACCUGCGAGGGGUUUGCGUGUCUGGAAAAUGUGAGCCCAUCGGCUGUGACGGUGUCCUGUUCUCCACCCACACGCUGGACAAGUGUGGCGUCUGCCAGGGCGACGGGAGCAGCUGCACCCACGUGACGGGCAACUACCGCAAAGGGAACACCCACCUGGGUUACUCUCUGGUGACCCACAUCCCAGCUGGCGCCCGGGACAUCCAGAUCGUGGAGCGUAAGAAGUCCGCCGACGUGCUGGAGCCCAGAGGUGGGGUCCCUGGGAUAGCAGAGCGAGACUCGGCAGACGAGAAGUUUGAGGCAGAGCAGGGGGCGGUGGGCGGCCAGUCCGAGGCCACGGCGGCCAGUCCGGGGCCGAGGCGGCCAGCAGCAGACGUGUGGAACCAGAACGGCAAGAGCCCCUCCAUCACCUUCGAGUACACGCUGCGGCAGCCCCCGGACGCCCACCGCAUCCGGCCCGUGUUCUACGGCUUCGCAGAGCCGGCCUCCCAGAGCGCAGAGAGCCAGGAGCUGGACGGGCCCGAGCUGGUGGGCUUCCUUCAGCACAAUGGCUCCCUCUACGGCCAGGCCUCCUCGGAGCGCCUGGGCCUGGACAACCGGCUGUUCGGCGCCCCGGGCCUGGGGACAGAGCUGAGUCUGAGCAAAGGACAAGAGACCAACGAGGUCUGCGAGCAGGCCGACGGCGGGGCCUGCGACGGACCCCCCAGGGGCAAGGGCUUCCGAGACAGCAACGCCACCCGGAUGGCUCUCACGGGGGACAAGGAUGACCCAGAGGCCGACGGCCGCCUCACCUCUCGGGAGCUGCUCUCAGCCAAUGCCAUCUCCGGCCAGCUCCUGGGUGCAGGCUCUGACUCCAGAGAGCUCGCCCUCAACGAGACGGUCAACAGCAUCUUUGCGCAGGGCGCCCCGAGGAGCUCCCUGGCCGAGAGCCUCUAUGUCGACUACGAGGAGAAUGAGGGGGCCUACCUGCUCAAUGGGUCCUACCUGGAGCUGAGCAGUGACAGAGUGACAAACACCUCCUCCGAGGCCCCGUUCCCCAACGCCAGCGCCAGCCUCCCCACCUCGUCUGGGAACAGGACGCACAAGGCCAGGACCAGACCGAAGACCCGCAAGCAAGGCGUGAGCCCAGCGGACAUGUACCGGUGGAAACUCUCGUCCCACGAGCCCUGCAGCGCCACGUGCACCACAGGGGUCAUGUCGACCUACGCCAUGUGUGUCCGUUAUGAUGGCAUCGAGGUGGACGACAGCUACUGUGACGCCCUGACCCGUCCUGAGCCGGUCCAGGAGUUCUGUGCUGGGAGGGAGUGCCAGCCCAGGUGGGAGACCAGCAGCUGGAGCGAGUGCUCUCGCACCUGUGGCGAGGGCUACCAGUUCCGCAUCGUGCGCUGCUGGAAGAUGCUGUCACCUGGCUUCGACAGCUCGGUGUACAGCGACCUGUGCGAGGCGGCCGAGGCCGUGCGGCCGGAGGAGCGCAAGACGUGCCGGAACCCGGCCUGCGGGCCGCAGUGGGAGAUGUCUGAGUGGUCGGAGUGCACCGCCAAAUGUGGGGAGCACAGCGUGGUGACUAGGGACAUCCGCUGCUCCGAGGACGAGAAGCUGUGUGACUCCAACACCAGGCCCAUAGGGGAGAAGGACUGCACAGGGCCCCCUUGCGACCGCCAGUGGACUGUCUCCGACUGGGGGCCGUGCAGCGGGAGCUGCGGCCAGGGCCGCAUGAUCAGACACGUGUACUGCAAGACCAGUGAUGGACGGGUGGUGCCGGAGUCCCAGUGCCAGAUGGAGACCAAGCCUUUGGCCAUCCACCCCUGCGGUGACAAGAACUGCCCUGCCCACUGGCUGGCCCAGGACUGGGAGCGGUGCAACACGACGUGCGGCCGGGGAGUGAAGAAGAGGCUGGUGCUGUGCAUGGAGCUGGCCGACGGGAGGCCGCAGACGCGCAGCGGCCCCGAGUGCGGGCUGGCCAAGAAGCCGCCGGAGGAGAGCACGUGCUUCGAGAGGCCCUGCUUCAAGUGGUACACCAGCCCGUGGUCAGAGUGCACCAAGACCUGCGGCGUGGGCGUGCGGGUGCGGGACGUCAAGUGCUACCAGGGCACCGACAUCGUCCGAGGCUGCGACCCCCUUCUGAAGCCCGUCGGCAGGCAGGCCUGCGACCUGCAGCCCUGUCCCACGGAGCCCCCAGAUGAUAGCUGCCAGGACCAGCCAGGCACCAACUGCGCCCUGGCCAUCAAGGUGAACCUCUGUGGCCACUGGUACUAUAGCAAGGCAUGCUGCCGCUCCUGCAGGCCCCCCCACUCCUAGGCCUGGCAGCCGCUGCCCUCAGGGACCUGAGCGCCCCGCCCCCGGGGCCACUGCAGCUUCCGGGGCCGCCCACGGACACCCCUCCUGCAGGGCGCCCCAGGCUGUGAAGACAUGACACUGAGCC